AUGUCGAUCGAUUUUCCCGCCGAGGAGGAGCUCAUCCUCAAGCGGUGGAGGGAGAUUGAUGCUUUCCAGCGUCAGGUAGAGCUUUCUCGCGGAAAGAAGCCGUACACCUUCUACGAUGGCCCGCCUUUUGCGACCGGACUGCCUCACUACGGCCAUCUUCUAGCCUCGACGAUCAAGGACAUCAUCCCCCGAUACUGGGCAAUGAAGGGGCACUAUGUCGAGCGAAGAUUCGGCUGGGAUACGCACGGUGUUCCGGUCGAGUACGAAAUCGACAAGAAGCUCGGCAUGUCUGGAUUGGAAGCCGUGGAGAAGCUCGGAAUUGCGAAGUACAACGAGGAGUGCCGAGCUAUUGUCAUGCGAUUCGCUGAGGAGUGGCGGCAAACUAUCGAGCGUUUGGGCCGCUGGAUUGAUUUCGACAACGAUUACAAGACAAUGAACACUAGCUUCAUGGAGUCUGUCUGGUGGGUUUUCAAGCAGUUAUUCGAUAAAGGUCUUGUUUACCGAGGCUUCCGUGUGAUGCCUUACUCAACCGCCCUCAACACACCUCUGAGCAACUUUGAGGCUCAGCAAAACUACAAGGAUGUUCAAGACCCUGCAGUCGUCGUGACUUUCCCUCUGUUGGAUGACCCUGAAACCUGCCUGCUUGCGUGGACCACCACUCCAUGGACACUUCCCUCCCACACUGGCCUUUGCGCUCACCCCGACUUUGAGUAUGUGAAGAUUUACGACGAGGCGACCAAGAAGAAUUACAUUCUUUUGGAAUCCCUGCUUCGCACUAUCUAUAAGGAUCCAAAGAAGGCCAAGUUCAAGAUCGUCGAGCGGAUCAAGGGUGCCGACAUGCUCGGAUGGAAGUACGAACCUCUCUUCAAGUACUACUAUGACGAAUUCAAGGACCAUGGCUUCCGUGUGGUCAAUGAUCGUUAUGUCACGGCCGAGGAUGGUGUGGGUAUUGUCCACCAGGCUCCCGCCUUCGGUGAGGACGAUUAUCAAGUCGCUGUCAACCACGGGGUCAUUAACGAGACGCGUCUUCCCCCGAAUCCUGUGGACGCACAGGGCUGCUUCACUUCGAACGUUUCGGAUUUUGCUGGCCAAAAUGUGAAGGAGGCUGACAAAGCGAUCAUCAAGUACCUGAAAGGUACUGGUCGCCUUCUGGUUGAUAGCCAGAUUACUCACAGCUACCCCUUCUGCUGGCGGUCAGACACCCCUCUCAUUUAUCGUGCGGUGCCCUCGUGGUUUGUGAAAAUCGAACCAAUCAUCCCUCAGAUGCUGGAAGGCAUUGAAGAGUCUCACUGGGUGCCAUCUUCUGUGAAAGACAAGCGCUUCGCCAGCUGGAUCAAGAACGCCCGCGAUUGGAAUAUCUCCCGCAAUCGCUUCUGGGGUACUCCGCUUCCUCUGUGGGUCAGCGAGGACUUCAAAGAAAUUGUCGCUGUUGGAAGCGUUGAAGAGCUGAAGGAAUUGAGCGGUUACACAGGCGAGCUCAACGACAUUCACCGAGACAAGGUGGACCACAUCACCAUCCCCAGCAAGCAGGGCAAGGGUGAGCUCCGCCGUGUCAGCGAGGUGUUUGACUGCUGGUUCGAGUCUGGUAGUAUGCCAUACGCCUCCCAGCAUUAUCCCUUCGAAAAUAAGGAUCAGUUUGAGAAUAGCUUCCCUGGUGAUUUUAUCGCAGAGGGCCUCGACCAAACUCGUGGAUGGUUCUACACACUAACCGUUCUCGGCACCCACCUCUUUGGCAAACUGCCAUUCAAGAAUUGUGUGGUGAACGGUAUUGUCCUCGCCGAGGACGGCAAGAAGAUGUCCAAGCGCCUUAAGAAUUACCCUGAUCCUACCCUUAUUAUGGACCGCUACGGUUCCGAUGCCUUGCGUCUCUAUCUCAUUAAUUCCCCAGUCGUACGUGCCGAGCCGCUGCGGUUCAAGGAAGCGGGUGUCAAGGAGAUUGUCAGCAAGGUUCUUCUGCCCUUGUGGAACAGCUACAAAUUCUUCGAGGGCCAGGUCGCCCUGCUGAAGAAAUCUUCUGAUGUCGACUUCAUGUUCGAUCCCAAGGCCGAGGCCACCAACACGAAUGUGAUGGAUCGCUGGAUCUUGGCCAGCUGCCAGAGUCUUUUGAUCUUUGUCAACCAGGAAAUGGCCGGAUACCGUCUGUAUACCGUGGUGCCUCGUCUCCUGGGACUGAUUGAGAACACCACCAAUUGGUAUAUUCGAUUCAACCGCAAGCGUUUGAAGGGAGAGAAUGGUGUUGACGACACCCUGCAUGCGUUGAACACUCUGUUUGAGGUUCUCUACACGCUGGUUCGGGGACUUGCUCCGUUCACUCCUUUCCUCACCGACAACAUUUACCAGCGGCUCCUUCCACACAUUCCGGAAGCUCUUCGUGCUGAGGAUAGCCGCAGUGUACAUUUCCUUAGCUUCCCUGAGCCACGCCAAGAACUCUUCGAUGACGUCGUGGAACGCAGAGUUGCCCGCAUGCAGAAGGUCAUUGAGCUUGGUCGUAUCUCUCGUGAGCGUAAAUCUAUUGCGCUGAAGACUCCUUUGAAGUCUCUCGUGGUGAUCCACCAGGACCAGCAGUAUCUGGAUGACGUCAAGUCUCUUGAAGGAUACAUCCUCGAGGAGCUCAAUGUGCUCGACUUGGUUCUCUCGUCUGAUGAGGCUAAGUACAAUGUCCAGUACAGCGUGAAUGCCGACUGGCCCACUCUGGGUAAGAAGCUCAAGAAGGACGUGCAAAAGGUCAAGAAGGCUCUGCCCUCGCUGUCUAGCGACGAUGUGAAGAAAUAUGUCGAGGAGAAGAAAAUUGUCGUGGACGGAAUCGAGCUUGUUGAGGGUGACCUCGUUGUGAAGCGCGGCAUCAAGGAAGAUUCAAGCUCAUCUGGCAUGGAGACCAACACCGACGCCGAUGUUAUGACCAUUUUGGAUGCCAAUCUGUACCCCGAGCUGGCUCAUCAGGGUAUUGGCCGCGAGAUUAUCAACCGACUUCAGCGUCUCCGUAAGAAGGCUGGUCUCGUCCCAACAGACGAGGUCAAGAUGGAGUACGUCGUCCUCUCGGACCCUGAUAACAUCGGGCUUGGUGAGGCCUUUAAGUCACAGUCGCAGGCUAUCGCGAAAGCAGUACGCCGGCCGCUCGAUGAGCGCUCUUUGGUGGAUGGUCAGUCCCCAAGCGGUGACGAGGAAGGCACUAUUGCCCAAGAGGACCAGGAGGUACAGAACGCCACAUUCUUGUUGCGUUUGGUCAAGCUGUAA